GGCUCAGGCUGAAUGACACCCACAUCCCCCCCUGGUGGUGGCCUGGCCUGGCCGCCCUGCGGGAGCCCCCUGGGUGGAGCUGUCAGCAGGGCCAUAAAGCAGGGCGGCGCCUGGCAGGGCAAAGGUCGGUCGCGGAGACGGGGAAGGCCUAGCCCUGGACCGCAGACUGCCAGACCCUUCCGGCAGGUGACAGCCACUAAGAUGGGGGCCAGGGCCCCACUGUGGGCCUCCCUGCUUCUGCUCCUCGCACUGCCAGGCCAACCCCCGGGGGCAGCAGCCCAGGGCCAGGUCUGCUCGGUGGACAGGACCUUUGUCAGCGUCGAGGAGAACAGCAGUGUUGCUGAGCCCCUGGUGAAUAUCUCCAUCCCGGACGGCCAGCAUGUCACCCUGGGGCCUUCGUCCAGCCCCUCCGCCUUCCGGAUCCUGGUAGACCAGCUGUUCCUCAACGUGACCCCUGAUUACGAGGACAGCACAAUGCUGGAGGCUCACCUGGAAUGCAGGAGGGGCAGCUCUGUGGUGACGCAGCUGGUGGUGCUGGUGUCCGUGCUGGAUGUCAACGACAAUGCCCCAGAAUUCCCCUUUGAGACCAAGGAGCAGAACGUGUCGGAGGACACCAGAGUGGGCUCCAUAGUCAUCCCUGAGGACCAACUGAAGGCCUCCGACAAGGACUCGGAGGACGUCUUGUUCUACACCCUCCAGGAAGUGACCCCGAAUGCCAGAAGCUUCUUCUCCCUGGUGAGCGCGAACCGCCCUGCCCUGCGGCUGGACCAGGCCCUGGACUUCUACAAGUGGCAGGACAUGACUUUGCAGCUGCUGGUCCGGGACACUCAGGAGGAGACGGAGGUGCCCAGCCACAGGGCCACGGCCACCCUGGUCCUGCAUGUGCUGCCCGCUGACCUGAGGCCCCCCUGGUUCCUGCCCUGCUCCUACUCAGACGGCUACGUCUGCAUCCAGGCCCAGUACCAUGGGGCUGUCCCCAAGGGACACACACUGCCAUCCCCUCUCAUCCUGCAUCCCGGGCCCAUCUAUGCCGUGGAUGGGGACCAGGGCAUUGACGCGCGCAUCAUCUACAGCAUUGUGGGGGGGAAUACAGACAACACUUUUGCCGUUGACAAGGACUCUGGCAACCUCACCAUGGCCAAGAGCAUCCCCAGCCCCACGACCUUCAUCUUGCUGAUCAGGGCAGACCAGGCUGACCUGGCCCGAUACUCGGUGACCCAGGCCACUGUGGAGGCCCGCUCUGCCACCGGGAACCCACCCCGCUUUCCCCAGAGCCUGUACCGGGGCAUCGUGCCGCCCGGCUCUGAGGCCGGUGUGACUGUCCGGGACGCAGCCUCCCCGACCCAGCCUCUGAGGAUCCAGGCUCAGGACCCUGACUUCCUGGGCCUCAACUCGGCUGUCACUUACCGAAUCACCAACUGCUCUGAGUUCCGGAUGGACGGGGAGACCAUGCUGACCACUCUGGCGCUGGAGCAUGAGGGAGUCUUCUACGCAGAGGUGGAGGCCACAAACACAGCGACCAACGACACAGCCACUGCUGUUGCUGAGAUUUGGGUUUCAGAGCAGAAGCCCCCCACCAUAGGACCCCCAGAGAUCCCCCCAUCCCCAGAGGCUGGAAGAACAAACAAGCCCUCAACCAGCACUGCCAUGGAAACCCCCAGGCCCCCCAGGACUCCCCAAGGACCCUCUUCGACCAGUCCUGGGGGGGCCACUGGCCCUCACCCAUCCUCAGGCACAUCGCUGAGGCCGGCUGCCUCAACCACACCUGGGGGGCUCCCCGGUGUGGGAGCCAGCACCAUCCUCUGGCCAGGCACGCCUGGUGGGGUCUCAGCUCCGACCCCGAAGCCAGGGACCUCUCGGCCAACGACCCCUGGGUCCAGCGGGAGCUCCUCAGCCUCAGGGACACCAGGAGUCGGCAGCACUGGUGAAGACGAGCCAGGCCGCCCAGAGGAGCUGCGCUUUUCCACGGUGGACAUGGCGGUCCUGGGAGGGGUGCUGAGUGCACUGCUGCUGCUGGCCCUCACUGUCCUGGCUGUGCUCCUCUAUAAGCACUAUGGGCACCGACUGAGCUGCUGUUCUGGGAAAGCUGCGGAGCCCCAGCCCCACGUCUUUGACAACCAGGCCUUCCGGGGUGACCAUGGGGCCACCGAGACAUCUGUCCCCAGCCCCGAGCCGGGCCCCACGCCUGCGGAGAUGCCACCUGCAGCCCUGGACCCUGAGCCCCUGAGCCCCGCACCCCCCAACCCUGAGCCCCUCGCCCCCGAGCCCCCAGUGGCCACUGGAGCCGGGGACAGCCCCUCGGCCGUGAGGUCCAUCUUGACCAAGGAGCGGCGGCCUGGGGGUGGCUACAAGGCCGUGUGGUUUGGCGGGGACAUCGGGGCAGCGGCUGACGUCGUGGUCCUCAGCGCGCCUGAGGCUGGCCGGGAUGGCGAGGGCGACUCUGAGGGCAGCAGCGAGGAGGACGGGGGCCGGGACGGGGGUCCCCGCGACGCAUCGGGCAGCUCCACCCGCAUCUAGGGCCGCCCAGCCCGCUGUCCCUCCCCCGCUGUCGCCUCCUUGCUGAAUAAAGUGGCCCUUGCGA